AAACCGAACCCAAAUUGACACCCCUACUUGGGGGUAACAUUUAUUACAUAGUAACCAAUAAUCAACACCACUCCCAUGGUAUUGUAUGGGUCACUUAACCCAAAGAUGUUACAACUAGGGUUCAUUCUUUAUCAUAAACCCUCUCUCAAGUCGAGUUAAGGUUAAGACAGCACAACCACAAAACUUGACUUCUAAAAAUUUAAAAUAAAUAAGAAAAACCCACCAAAUUAUCAUCAUCAUCCCUCACUCACUCACUCACUCACUGACUCUCUGAUCAUCAUCAUCAUCCCUCCAUUCCCAUCCAUCCCAUCUCUAAUCAUCUCUCCUCUCUCUCUCUCUCUCUCUCUCUCUUACUUUCCUUCAAGCUUCAACCUUUCCCAAAGUACUUCCAAAUCUCCAUGGCCAGAUCCUCCACAGUUUCCUUUACCACCCAGAAACCUCUACUUGGUUAGUUUUAGCUUCUGACUUCACGUUGCUUUCUUUAAAUGUUUGAACUAUGGAGGUACUAGCAUCCGUCUCACCGCACCCAGCAGCUCCGACCACCGCCAACAACAGCAACAGCCCGUCUCCCAAAUCCCAAGAGCCCGAAUCCGAGACGCCCACCCGGAUCCAACCACCCAAGCCGCUCUCCUUCACCAACGGAGUCCUCAAACGCCACCACCACCUCCGCCCGCCGCCGCCGCCGCCCACCACCGUCGCCUACAAGGAAUGUCUCAAGAACCACGCUGCUUCUUUGGGCGGCCACGCUUUGGACGGAUGCGGGGAGUUCAUGCCUUCCCCCAACACCACCCACACCGAUCCCACUUCAUUGAAAUGCGCCGCCUGCGGCUGCCACCGCAAUUUCCACCGCCGCGAACCGGAAGACAACCCCAACACCCAUAAUCCUCUGGCUCUGCCGCCGCCGCUCGCCGCCAUCGAGUACCAUCCCCACCACCGCCACCACCCUCCGCCGCCAGCACCGCUUUCGGCGGCGCCCCCUCGUAGCCCGAAUUCCGCCUCCCCGCCUCCGAUCUCGUCCUCCUACCCUUCCGCCCCCCACAUGCUGCUGGCUCUGUCCGGGUCGGGACCCGGCGAAAACCCGAACCCGAAUCUCGCAACCGUUUCCCCACACCACCACGGCUCGUCGUCGUCGAGGAAGCGGUUCAGAUCCAGGUUCACCCAGCACCAGAAGGAGCGGAUGCACGAGUUCGCGGAGCGGGUCGGGUGGAAGAUGCAGAAGAGCCACGAGGAUUUGGUGCUGGAAUUCUGCAACGAGGUCAAGGUAGACAAAGGGGUUCUUAAAGUCUGGAUGCAUAACAACAAGAACACCUUCGCCAAAACCCGGGUCAGUGGUAGUAGUAAUACUAAUAAUAGCCUCGACCACCACCACAGCGUCGCCGGCGCUGGUGUCAGCAAUAACGGGGAUGAGUCGAAUCACGGCAACAACAACCACUACCACCACCGUCUGUUUGAGAGUGAUAAUGUCGGCGGCGCUAAUGGGUCAUCUUCAUCAUCUUGAAAUCUUGAUCUCUCCCCCCCUCUUCCGUCCGUCCAUCCAAAUCGAUGAUUUGGCCGGUAAUUAAUAAGUACUUAUGAGUAGGUAGUAGUUUAGAGAGCAGCAAAGCAAUUAAGGUUUUUCCAUGAUCAGUUCUCUUCUCUGUCUCUUCCUCCCUUUCCAUUAAUUUCCUGAUUUUGUAUUCUAAUUAGAGCUUCUUUUUGCGCUUAAUUAAUGAUGAUUACUGUUGUGGUUUGACAUGAUUAGAAAAGUAAGAAUCUUCAGCUUAAUCUUAAUCUUAAUCAACCCGUGUGUUUCUGCUCUUUGCAUGUAGAUCUGUGUCGACUGUUCUUGACUUAACUCGUCUUGAAACCAAAUCUGAAAAAAUGGGUGUAUGCUUGAUUUUCACUCUCUGUGUCAUGAUUCCUUGUUGAUGGGAUUCCUUGUCAUGAUUCCCCUUAUCUUCUUCUUCUUCGUGUCCGGGUGAAUGCAGCAAAAAGGUGGAGUGUUGGGUUGGGGUGGACCGUUACAUAAUACUCCUAUUAUAUUAUUCUAACAUAUCUAGGAUUUGGUGGUGUCAUUAUAAUAUAAGAUUGAUUUCUUUAUAUGUACUUCUUUGUUUUUGGAUGGAUUACUUUUAUGUUAAGACAAUAAUAGAAAGAAGAGGAUCUUACUCUGAUUAUUUAAUUAGGGAAUGGAAUGGAAUGGAUGAUGGGCCUUUUUGGGGGAUUUGGUAUUUAUAUUAGGGGGGUGUUUAUCGGUGUCUUAUUAGUUUAUUGAUUAGCCAAAUAGGGGUUUGGUCACUUGUUGGGGGUACAAACCCAAUUAUUAGAUGUGGGUUCUGAUUUGAGGCUGGAAGUUAUAAUAUAGAAAUGAAGAUCUACAUAUGUAUGUGGUCAAUAUCUCAUCUGGGAUUAUGUUUAUUAUCUUGAAGAAUCAAAUUGAUUUCUUUCUUUGUUCUUGCCCACAAUGUGGCCAUGCUUUAUUUAUAUUCUUGUGGAAUAUAUAAAUUGAGUAGAGAUGCUUAAAAGGGGAAUUCUUUCAAGUCCUUUGGACCAUUAAGAUAAACAAACCACCACUUUAGUGGAUUAUGAGUUGCAACAUCCAAUUAAGAGGAACCUUAAUCUUGGGUCAAACAAGAACCCUUUUGAUCUCGAUCAUACUUAUUAACCCACUCUCAUCUUGUUUGCCUUUUUAUGUAAGGUGUAACACUUGUAGACAAUCAUUUGUCAAAGGAAUUAAGCAUAAUCUUAUCUCAUAUCCUACUUGAAGGGGAAGCAGAUAGCGGGCUUGUUGCACUAAUGAACCUAGGCGUUAUGAGGGAAGCAUCAAGCAAGCAAGGUACAAUCAUGCAACUAAAUUUGGGGAAGUAUCAAGAAUGCGAUCCAAUUAUGCCAUGGAGAAGAUUGAGCUUGAGCGAGCAAGCUAUUUAGCUCUUUUUUUUAGAUAAAGCUGAUAUAGUUUUACUUUUUAUGUUUUGUACUAUUAAACGGAUUUGAACUUGAGACUUCCAGAUUCAAAACUAGUGGUAUUACCACUAAGCUAAAUCCUUGAUUUUGAUGAGGUUGAAAGAGUUCUUUUUUCACUGCUCAUCUAGAAAAAUUACAAUUAGUCUAUCGAUUGGAAGGGUUUGCAACUUUACAUGUUGACUGGGUGGGACUUGGAAGUCUUGAACACACCAUAUCUGGGCCGCACUAUCGUCAAGGCAUCGUUGAGUUACAUGUUUGUUGGUGUAUAUGAGUAUUUAGCAUUAUUAGCAUGACAAAUAACAUAGUUUCUCGUAGGGUUAACGAUGUAAGUGGUCCCUUUGCUAUGUUAAUUUUCUCUACAUAGUUCUUCCACUUGGAGAACUGUCCGUCGGUGUUGGAAUUGAAAUCAUGUCUAUAUGGAUUUGGUUGAACUCGAAUUUUCACCAUUGUUCUAAUUCUUCGUCUCAUUUACAGUCCCGACACUUUAAAAAAUAGAUACUCAUAUG